CAUAAAUAUUCCCACAAGUUUCUCUUUUCCUUUUUCUACCAUCACUCAUUGAUACUACAAGUACACAAGUGUCUUUAGUGGGAAUAUGUUAUUUCAUCCACCAAUUCAUCCCUUUUGAAUUUCACCAAAAUUAAUAAGACUACCCUAGAAUAAAAAGUAAUUCUGAGUUACUUGGAAUCUUGGAUUCUGUUUCCAUCAUUCAUCCUCCUAACUCUGUCUGCGGCGCACAAAUAAGAACAUGGAGAAUGAGACAGAAUUGAGAGUUGUCCGACAGGAAGAACAACAACGUGAAGGAGAAGAAGAGGAAGAAGCACAGCCACAAAACCAACCAGCGUUACGACGCCGUUUUGUGAUUUAUCUCUAUGUUGGAUAUUUUCUUGCCAGAUGUAGUGCUAGAACAUGGGAAUUCUCUGUUGCUUUGUAUAUGAUCCACUUGUGGCCAAACUCUCUGCGUCUAGCAGCGAUUUAUGGCGCCAUUGAAUCUGGUUCUACUGCAAUCUUUGGCCCCAUUGUGGGGCAAUGGGUCGAAGGAAUGGACUACGUUAAAGUUCUAAGACUCUGGCUCCUCUUCCAGAACCUCUCCUACACCAUUGCUGGUGGAGCAGUCAUCAAGCUGUUGCUAGUUUCUGAUCUCAAGUCUCAGAAUCUCCCGGUGUUUGCAAUCUUGGUUGUGUUAACGAACAUUGCUGGCGCCGUUGGAGUGCUUUCGACUCUUGCUGGCACUAUAUUGAUCGAACGAGACUGGGCUGUGGUUAUGUCAGAAAGUCAUCCACCAGCUGUAUUGACAAGAAUGAACUCCAUUAGAGGCAUUGAUUUGAGUUCCAAGCUACUGUCUCCAGUCAUUACCGGUUUGAUCAUCAGUUUUGUCUCUCUUAAGGCGUCAGCUAUCACUUUUGCAGCUUGGGCUACUAUAACCGCUUGGGUUGAAUAUUGGCUCUUCAUUUCUGUGUAUAGUGGUGUUCCUGCGAUAGCACGAAGUAAUGAGAGACGGAUCUUGCGUUCCCGGAAAAAGCCAGUAGAAGCAACAGAUGCACCUGUUUCUGUUUAUACUGUUCCGGAAACAAAUGAGGGCUCUCAAGGAACCCCACCAAGUAGAACCGGAAUCUUGAAGAUUCUUGAUAGAGUAUCCAAGUCCUCUUUCUUUUGUGCGUGGAGAAUAUAUUUCAAUCAAGAAGUUGUACUCCCCGGGGUUUCUCUAGCUCUUUUGUUCUUCACCGUCCUCAGCUUUGGAACAUUGAUGACGGCUACAUUGCAGUGGGAAGGUAUACCUACAUAUAUCAUCGGUAUAGGCAGGGGAAUAAGUGCAACGGUUGGACUAGCGGCUACAUUCGUGUAUCCUCUAAUGCAAUCCCGUCUCUCAACGUUGAGAACCGGCCUCUGGUCCUUCUGGUCUCAGUGGAGCUGCCUUUUGGUCUGCGUUGGCUCAAUUUGGGUAAAAAAGGAUAAAUUAGCAUCUUACAUGCUAAUGGCUGGAGUUGCUGCUUCAAGGCUUGGCUUAUGGAUGUUUGAUCUUGCCGUCAUCCAACAAAUGCAGGAUCUCAUUUCAGAAUCCGAUCGUUGUGUUGUUGGAGGUGUUCAGAACUCAUUGCAAUCGGCUCUUGACUUGAUGGCAUAUCUAUUGGGUAUCAUUGUAUCAAAUCCAAAGGAUUUCUGGAUAUUGACGUUGAUCUCAUUCUCCACGGUUACGUUAGCAGGAAUGCUCUAUACGGUUCAUCUCUACCGCAUUAGAAACCACAUUUUUCACUUUGAGAAGAUACCUUUGUUGAACAAAUGUUUAUUUAAGCUACUCCCUUCUCGCGGGAACAUGUGAUUAGUUAGUAUUGUAGAAUGCGCCACCAUUUUAUCAAACAUGGAUGACUACUAAUGGAUGAUUUUAUGAAAUGACCAUAAAGCAGCCAAAAAUAAUUGAAAUGGCUAAAAUAGUUGUUCAAAUAGGUCACAGACAUAGUCAAAACUCAAAACAGAACACAGAAGAAAAGAAAAAAGGGUAAAUAACAAUUUUUUGUGAUGUGUUGGGAAAAAAUUGCCUCUCUUUUGUAUGUUCAUCACUCUGUUUUUGUAUGAAACUCACUUUUAUGAUUUGCCAUAAUAAAUUAACAACAAUGGAAUUUUUUCCAUUUUAUCUUUUGAGAAUAAAAAAUUAUAUCAAAAAUUAAAACUGAAAAUAACAUUAUAAUUAGUUGUAAAAACAGAAUUAAAAAAAAACAGAUAUUUGUAGUUACUUAAUAAAGUAUACACUCCCUUAUUCUAUAUGGAAAAAAACAACAUUGAAAUAAGAUUUAUAUUAGUUGUAAAAACAGAAUUAAAAAAAAAAAAAAAAAAAGAUAUUUGUAGUUACUUAAUAAAGUAUACACUCCCUUAUUCUAUAUGGAAAAAAACAACAUUGAAAUAAGAUUUAUAUUAGUUGUAAAAACAGAAUUAAAAAAAAAAAAAAAAAAAGAUAUUUGUAGUUACUUAAUAAAGUAUACACUCCCUUAUUCUAUAUGGAAAAAAACAACAUUGAAA